AUGCAGUCUAUUCUCGCUCUGCUGGGCCUCCUGGCCGGCGCCUUCGCCGUCCCCGUGGACCAGGAGCCCCUGGGCGAUGCGACCAGCGUCGGGGCAGAGUUCCGACCCGGUGCCCAGGAAGCCCAAGCGUCUACCAGAGGCCUCCACGGUCGAUUCCUGCAUAUAACCGAUUUCCAUCCCGACCGACACUACCGACCCGGAUCAUCCAUCGACGACACCUCGUGCCACCGCGGCGAUGGAAAAGCCGGGUAUUUUGGAGCACAAGGAACCGAUUGCGAUGCACCCCUGUCGCUUGUCAACGAGACCUUCCGCUGGAUCGAGGAAAACCUCAAAAAUGAAAUUGAUUUUGUCAUCUGGACCGGCGACUCUGCGCGCCACGACAAUGACGAGCGCCUGCCGCGGUCGCCGGACGAAGUGAUGGAACUCAACGAGCUCCUGGCCCAGAAAUUCAUUACCAUGUUCAACCAGGGCCAAUCGACAGGCUCCGAAAAGGUCCCCCGAUUAUCCGUCCCGGUAGUCCCGACGAUCGGCAACAACGAUGUCAUGCCUCACAAUAUCUUCAAGGAGGGCCCGAACCGGUGGACGAAGCGGUUUGCGAAGGUCUGGAAUGAAUUUAUCCCCGAGGACCAGCGACACUCGUUUGUCGAGGGGGGCUGGUUCACCACCGAGGUGAUCCCGGGCCAGCUGGCCGUGAUCAGCCUGAACACCAUGUACUUCUUCGAGUCGAACACGGCAGUGGAUGGGUGUAAGGACAAGUCCGAGCCCGGGUAUGAACAUAUGGAAUGGCUGCGGGUACAGCUGCAACUGUUGCGCAACCGCAACAUAAAGGCCAUCCUGAUGGGCCAUGUCCCCCCAGCACGCUCGAGCGAGAAGCGUAGCUGGGACGAGACCUGUUGGCAGAAGUAUACGUUCUGGGUGCAUAGCUAUCGCGACGUGAUCACGGGUAGUUUCUAUGGCCACAUGAAUAUCGACCACUUUAUGCUGCAGGACAGCAAUGAAGUUAAAAUCGCACCCGAGGCCGAGGACUCAGCCGAUGACCGCAUGUCGGUCUGGUCUAAGAGUGGCUACCUUGCCUCGCUUCGGGAGCAAUGGUCUACAUUACCAUCUCCCCCUUCCGGUCUGUUUGAGGGACUUGGCAGCCAGGAAGAAGAUAUAGAUGAGGCCACGGAGACCGAUUCGGUUAAGAAAGGCAAAAACGACAAGAAGAAUAAAGAAAAGACGAAGCGCAGGUUCCUGGAAAAGAUUGGUGGGCCAUGGGCUGAGCGAUACAGUGUGACGCUGGUCGCACCCAGUUUGGUCCCGAACUUCUUCCCGACCCUCCGAGUCAUCGAGUACAACAUCACCGGUGUGGGAGGUGAACCGGCUCAGACCAACCAAAUCUUGUCUGACGAGCCAGAAGUCGAUCCAUAUUCGGGCUCUGGCGAGAUGGAUGAGUCGCCUGCCUCAGAAUUCGAGUCCUCCAGUUUAGAAACCGACAAAAAAAAGAAACAUGGCAAGAAGAAGAAGAAGAAGAAGCCCGAUUUCAAAGUGCCAGAUCCGCCAUCACCAACGGCUCCUCCGGGCCCUGCGUACUCCAACCAGGCGUUCUCGUUGCUGAGCUAUACCCAAUACUUUGCCAACCUCACACGAAUCAACGCCGCGGCUGAGGGACAGCAAGAUCCUCGUGUCGAUUUUGAGGUCGAGUACAGCACCAACGACGACAUCUACCAGAUGAAAGAUCUCACAACACGCAGUUUCUUCCAGCUUGCUUCUCAAAUCGGGGAAGACGACGGAAUACAGAAAAAAGAACUUGCUGGUGGUGAUAGCCCGGUACCUGACUCAGACCCGAGCACAAGGCGGAGGAAAAAAGCCAACAAGGUCUGGCGAGCAUUUCUCUCGCGGGCAUUUGUUGGGUAUUUAGAUGUGGAUGAACUGGAUUGA